GCGCCGCCUAUAAAACCCGGCGCCGGCCGCCAGCCGUUGGCAGCAUCCACCGGUGAGCAGAGCGGACCACUCCUCCCCUCCCUCGUGGCCUCGUGUCCGUCGGAGCCUCCGCCUCCGCCUCGGCUUGUCCCCACCAAUCCACAGCUCGCUCGCUCUCUCCCACCAAACCCCCCACACGCGCACAAUGGCGUCGGCGUCCAAGGAGGAGGUGAUCGGGAAGCUCAACGUCCGCGUGGUGCGGGGCAACAACCUGGCCAUCGCCGACCCGCUCACCCACACCAGCGACCCCUACGUCGUCCUCCAGUACGGCGCCCAGAAGGUGAAGACUAGUGUCCAGAAGAAGAAUCCCAAUCCAGUAUGGAACGAAGUACUGCAGCUAUCAGUGACAAAUCCUACAAAGCCAAUUCACCUUGAAGUUUUUGAUGAAGACAAGUUCACGGCAGAUGACACCAUGGGUGUUGCUGAGAUCAACAUUACUGACAUCUAUGAUGCAGCAAAGCUGGAUCUGAAGCAUGCCACUGAUGGGACUAGGAUCAAGACAAUCUACCCAGUCGGUGUAAACUACCUUGGUGGUGAGAGCCAUGUUCAGUGGAAGGAUGGCAAGGUGAUCCAGGACUUGAUUCUGAAGCUGAAGAAGGUCGAGAGUGGCCUGAUUGUGGUGCAGCUGGAGUGGGUUCAUGUUCCUGGUGUGAAGCUGUGAGGCCUAUCUGAAUUUGCGGUCGUUGCUUUGAUGGAGCUGCAGUUGUAGUUGGUCGUCCCUGGUUUGAGUGUUUUGUUGUAAACUAUAUCCUGAACGUGGUGAUUUGCAGUGUAUGAGUGAUGUUUGAGUGUUGGUUUAAGUGUGAUGUUCAUUUAAGGUACUUCGUGGUGACAUGAUAUGGGUGUGACUGUUAAAAGGUUGUGGCGCACCAAUAAGAAACGCCCUGUCAACACAAGUGGAGUGAGAUGUAAAUUAAGAACUUAGAACUUAAAUAUAGAAGUGAUUGGGCGUUAAUUGCUUUCA